AUAUAGCAUUUCCAUUCGGAUUCAGAUUGUGCUACGUUCCGAAUAUUUGUUCUGCAAGGGAAGAAAUUGUUCGCGAAAAUGGAGACUCAUUUCUCUAGUUGUGUCUCCGAUAAAAACAUUACACCAACUGGUCCCAACAUCUGUCGGAUUUGUCUCCAGAAUGGAGGCCCUGUUGGAAUCGAUGGAGAUAAUACUAAAGAAAUGGAAUCGAUCUUGACCACGAUCGGUGAAUAUGAAGAUAGAAGUUUGUACAGCAUCAUGAUGACUAUAUGUGCUCCUCUCGGAUAUAAUGCGGUACCGGAAGAUAUGCCGGAUAGAAUUUGCCGUAGUUGUAAGUGGCGUUUGCUGUCAGCAUAUGAACUGUACGAGAUUUGUCUGCGAAGUGACGAGAAAAUACGGGAGAUAAUGGAGUCGAAAAAAGAGCUACCAUUCCAGCGGAAUACCGACCAAAUUUCUGUUAAAGAAGAAAUGAUAGAUCCUGAUGAUCAGGAUUAUAAUAAUGGUGAUACCGGUGGAUUGGAGAAUUCAUUGUACAUGAUGCGGGAAGAUUAUUGCCCAACAACAGAAAGCACUCAGAUUAGCGACAAUCCAGCCGAUCUGCUAGAGGAAAUGCAAAUGAUUGUAGAUCCGAAUGAAACUUUGUUCGAGGCAAAUUACAAAUUCGAUAAUAAUGGAAGCCAUUGCUGUCGUAUAUGUGGUCAAGAGUUCAUCUACAAAAGCCAGUGUCGUUUCCAUAUUAUUGUCAAGCAUGAUCCUACGAAACCUUUCAAAUGCGACGUUUGUCACUACACCCUAACGACGGAACUCCAAUUAAAUCGUCACAAAACAAUGACUCACGGCGAGGAGGGAAUACUUAAUCCAGUCAUCAAGGAAAAAACAGACGAAUCCGUGGAUACCAUAUACACUUGCAAGAUUUGUCCCAAAAUAUUCACCUCGAUAGUUCGUUUCAAACGCCAUAGGAAUACACACAAUAGACCGUUUGGAUGCAAUAUCUGUUUGCAUCACUUCCCGAAUCGUGCACAGUUGAACAGACAUGUUAAGGUACACCAAAAGAAACCAGCGGGUGCGGAUGGAGGUAACCAGCAAAAUGAGUGGAAGUGUGAUUAUUGCGACGAAAAUCUGUCUAGCAAACGUAACCUUAUAAUGCACAUUCGUCGAUCUCAUCGGCAGGAGUUGCAGGAUGCGGCAAAGAAGAAAAACUCCUUCAAAUGCAUCAUUUGUCCAAAAGUGUUUGCGAGGGAAAAUGUUUUCAACAUUCACAUGAAGAUACAUGAGCUUCUGGAUCCCGAGAAGGACAAAGAACAGACAGGCAGUUGCAGUGUUGGUCCGAGCAAGAGCUCGUCGGGUGGCGUGCUCGGGAACAGUGCAGGUAGCGUGGAGAGAAGCGAUGAAGAUAUGACGAACCAGGCUCGUGAACACAUAGUCGGGCCAAACAAAAACGUCACGAACCAAGAGUGUGAACCGGUUCGACUCCAAGCGCAAGAUUGGGCUCAUUUCCCAAAAAGUAUCGAUCCGACGCCUCGAAAGAAACACCCAACGAGGAUGUGCAAAGUGUGUUAUAAACAUAAAAUACGAAGCGAAACAAAGUGGGAAUGUGCGACAUGUAAAGUAGCUUUACAUUUGCCAGAGUGUUUUAGGAGUUAUCACACCAUGGAGGAUUAUUGAGGUAUUUUCGUGUUAGAUAUUCGUUCAAGGUGUGGUAUUACACUGGCCACAAAACCACAUUUGGAAUAUUCGUGGGUUAUAUCUAUGAUACAACCGCAACGUUGACAUUGGUCUACCGCUGGCUUAGUAAUCAUUUAUUUAUAUUAAUUAAAGUGUUGCUU